AUUACUAUUAUUAUUUUAUUGAAAUUAUUAAUUUAUUUUCUCUAUUUAUGAAAAUAAAUGAAAUACAUACAAUUUUCUUAGAUAAAAUAGAAAUAAAAAUUUUUACUGAAAUAAAAAAAGUAAAAAAUUUUAUAAGAGGAAUUAAAAAGUAUAUUGGGUCAUUGAACUAUUGUAUUUAACAUGCUACAAUGUUUAUGAUUUGGGGAGAUUGGAUCGCAGAUGGAGUGCAAUCUGUAGACAUGCGAAGUUUCCUUGAUUCUGUAGUUAUAACAAAUAAAAGUAUUGUAAGGAGAAUUCGCGUGUCUCCCUAUGAAAUAUAUAAAACGCAUUGGCGUAAUGAUCCCGAAAUACAAAAACAUUAUUGGGCAGCAUCUUUUCUUUUACCCAUUGGAACAAUUUUUAUUCUGGCUUUGAUAGUUCUUUUAAUGGUAUUGUUCAAAAGAUGUCCACAAAUGAUUGCCGCGAUUGUCACAUCAAUUCUUGGUGUGAUUAUUAUAUUUACAGUACUGGUAUCAAUUAAUCAUGCUCCAAUUUACGCUUGAUAUUUUCUAAUAUUUCUUCUUACAAAAUACAAAAUGUAAUAUUUUAUCUUUUCUAAUAUGUUCAAAAUUUUACAGACCAAGAUUAAUAUAAGGAUUACUGUGCCAUCAAUGCAAACAGUUACACAUGCAUGCACAUACUGAAUAUUUUUAUAUUCUGUAUAUUCUUAUAAUAGAAAAACAAAAUAUAUUAUCAAACAAUUUUCACAUAA